UGUGACUUCUGGAUGAAGUCAAGUCAUACUUUUUUGUCUUUCCUUGAUCUUUAUAUAUAUAUGUUUAAGUAACUAUUAACAUUAAUAGUAAACAACUAACAUAGACAACCGAUAAACAUUUUUGUAGUCCAGGUCUAACCGACCUCGGUAGACCAUAAUAUAUUAUACAUAACUUCAUACCGACGUGGUAAGAUAUAGUUUGAUGUACUAAGUCAAUUUAAAUUUAAAUAAGAACUCAGGUUCAAAAUCUGACCUGACGUAUAACCUUAUAUUGGGGCCAAUAACCGAUUUACUGGGUCUCUUACGAUCAAUGUUGGGCCGGAUAAUAGAAGAGCGGAGACGAGUUCACACUAGAUCAAUGUUGUAUAAGAAAUUUUUUCUUUAUAUAAUGGUGAUUUAAAUAAAAAUUACAUUUAAUUUUAGAUGUAUAAGUAAUUCAUACGGUGUAAAAUUAUUUUUAAUUAUAAGUACCGAGAGAUGUAUAUUUUGGAUUUUAUUUAGUAGGGUUGAGUGUGACCUUUGGGUUGACGUGAAGUCUUCUUCUUUAAAUAGUACUAUUAUAUUACAUACAUUUGAACAUCUAUAGAUGACCGAAUUAUUUAUGAAAUGAAGAGGAAAAUGAAGAGUGUGUUUCCUUUUAUUUGAAGCCGUGUGGUGUGAAGGAUGAUGGGAGGAAGAAAAACACUUUUAAUUUAAAAAACUGAAGAUAUAAGGCAGGUGAUGCUUUCCUCCUAUUUAAGAGAUGGAGAGGAAGUUGUUGAUGCAAUGUAUUGGAGAAACAUGAAGAGUGUGAGAGUGUGUUUCCUCAUUUUCCUUUUAUGGGAAACAAUCUGCUCUGAAGGAUGUAGGAAAGAAGAGAAAGAAGCACUUUUGGGUCUACGUUCCCUUUCUGACAAUUCUUUCUCAUGGGACGUCGACACAGAUUGCUGUGAAUGGUAUGGAGUGGACUGUAACUCUUCCACAGGGAGAAUAACACGACUAGAUCUUUUUAAUGGCUGGUUGCGGAAGCCAACAGAGCAAUAUAUAAAUUACUCGGAUUUUUCUGUCUUCAAAGAUUUGAAGAACCUCGACUUGUCAAAUAACAAUAUAGUUGGUUGUGUUGGGGAUGCAGAGUUGCCAAAUCUCGAACUCCUUGACAUGAAUGGUAACAAGCUGAACACGGCUGCCAGUAUUAUAUCUUGUUUGGAUGGCCUUCCAUCUCUUAAGUAUCUUUAUUUAGGAUUUAACAGGUUGACUACAUCUUCAUUAAACCACGUUUUUGAAAGCCUGCCGCCAAAGCUGCGUAGUAAUUUGAAGGCCCUUGAUAUAAGUUGGAACUAUUUGACUAAUGACAUCUUGCCAUAUCUUGAGGGAUUAACAUCUUUAAAGGAACUUUAUUUGGGUUAUAAUCAAUUGGACUCAGAUCUUCACUUUGAAGGUUUAUGGUCAAAAUUGAGGAAUGUUGAACUCCUUGACUUGUCCGGCAACAACUUCAACCAAACUGAUAUUGGCUCUGCUCUUAGUGGACUCUUAUCCCUCAACUCUUUAUAUUUAGGAUACAGUAAAUUGACUUGGAGAUCAAUUUAUAAUAUUUCAAAAUUGAGUUCUUUGGAGACCCUUUACUUACAUGAGAACUACUUGAAUGAGUCUGAAAGUAUAUUUUAUAUGUUGAGGCCUUUGAAAGAGAAUGAGGCAUUUAAAUGGCCAACCAAUUUACAACAUCUAGACUUGAGUGAAAAUAGUCUGAGCAACAGAUUUCUUUCGUCUGUAAUGACACUUUCUCAUCUCCAAUACCUUGAUCUAAGUGAAAACCAAUUUGAAGGAGCACUAGAUAUAAACGGAUUGUUGACUUUAUCCAAUUUGACGCAUCUUGAUCUAAGCAAUAAUAAUAUUCACAAUUUUGUCGCCCAUCAAGGUCUAAAAAGUCUCAGGAGAUUGGAUUUUCUUGAUUUAGAUGGGAAUAUGAUAGAUGGAAACAAACUAAGAGAAUCAUUAGGAGCUUUAUCAUCAUCCAUUAGAAAGCUUUCUAUAUCACACAAUAACUUGAAAGGAAUAAUUGUAUCUCAAGAUUUCCAUGAUUUAAGAAACCUAGAAGAAUUGACAUUGGAUGGAAAUAAUAACAUGAAGAAUGAAUUUUUUGAAUGUAUUGGAAACUUGACGUCCUUAAAAGCUUUGUUUCUUUCAUUCUCUCAUAUAAAUGGCACCCUUCCCGUAGCAGAUUGGUAUAAGAUGAAGAAGCUAGAAGAGUUAAGCCUAAUAGACAACGGAUUUGAAGGAUUUCUUCCUAGUUCUUUCGUUAACAUGACAUCUCUUCGGAUAUUGGAUAUUUCUCAAAAUAACUUCAUUGGAAGGUUUGACUCUAGCAUUGCAACACUUACAUCACUUGAACAUUUUGGUUUUAUAGAAAACCAAUUUGAAGUUCCUGUUUCCUUUUUUGCAUUUGCCAAUCAUUCAAACCUUAAAGUCAUCUUAGGCGAAGGCAAUAAAAUCAUAUUGGACUCACAAUACAAUUUGCACACUUGGAUUCCAAAAUUUCAAUUAAGUGUGCUUAGGUUGUCUUCGAACAUUCAAACUAGUUCUUUUCGACUCCCCAAAUUUCUUCUUUAUCAAAAAGAUUUAACUACACUAUAUUUCAAUAAUUUGAAGUUGGAAGGAAGGUUUCCUCAUUGGUUGUUGGAAAACAACACAAAAAUGAGUGAAGUUAUUUUUAGAAAUUGUUCUUUGACUGAUACUAUGCAAUUACCAUUGCGUCCCCUUCCUGAGUUACACAGAAUUGAUGUGUCCAAAAAUAUCAUAAUUGGUGAAAUUCCAUGCAAGAAUAUUAGUUUAAUUUAUCCAAAUUUGGAAUACCUAAACAUGUCUAGAAACCACAUCCAAGGUUCAAUUGCUCGUGAGUUUGGCCAAUUGAAGUCAUUGUUGGAGUUGGAUCUUUCAAACAACCAAUUGUUUGGAGAAAUAUCACGUGACAUAUUUGAAGCUGGACAACUCAAUUGGUUGAUACUUUCAAAUAAUAAGUUCGAGGGGCCUAUCUUUACAAUGCCUGCUAAUUUGGAGUUUUUGUCAUUGAAUGAUAAUAACUUUAGUGGUAAACUUCCGAGCAACAUUUUUAACACAUCCAUCAUUUCAUUGGAUGUAAGCAAUAAUCAUUUGGUAGGAAACAUUCCAAGCCUUUUAACAAAUUUCUCAAGAUUAUCGGAACUUCGUAUGUCUAAUAACCACUUUGAAGGGUUCAUUCCAUCAAAAUUGGCACAACUUGAAGAUCUAAGAUAUUUGGAUCUCUCCCAAAAUAAUUUGACUGGUCUUGUACCAUCAUUCCUAAAUUCUUCUGUGAAAUUUAUCCAUUUGAGCAAUAAUCAUUUAACAGGAUUGUCCAAAAGGAUGUUCAAUGGAAACUCCCCUUUAGUGAUGUUAGACCUUAACUAUAAUGAAAUAUCUGGCAACAUUCAAGAUAUGAUGCAAGACCUUAGUUAUACAAAGUUGAAUUUUCUCCUUUUAAAAGGUAAUCAUAUUAAUGGGGAUAUACCUAAGCAAUUAUGUCAGUUGAUAAAUUUAACCAUAUUGGAUCUUUCAGACAAUGAAUUUUUUGGAGAAAUUCCUCAUUGCUUGGGGACAAUGCCUUUUGAUAGUAAGAACCUUGAUCCAUUAUUAAAAGCAUCAAAGGGAAGCUUCUUUGUUGAAGAAUAUAGUGAAGCACCAUUAUCAUCAUUAGAGCCUAAGAAAGAGAAAGCAAGUUUCACUUCAAAGAGAAAUACCUAUAUGUACAUCGGAAGCAUCCUUGGUUACAUGUCUGGAAUUGAUUUAUCCCUAAAUAAACUAAAAGGAAAUAUUCCAAAUGAGCUUGGAAACUUAACAAGAAUCCGAGCAUUGAAUUUGUCUCAUAAUGAUUUGAUUGGACAAAUUCCGGAUUCUUUCUCAAGUUUGGUGCAAAUGGAGAGUUUAGAUAUUUCUUUUAACAAGUUGAAUGGUCAAAUUCCUCCUAAGCUCAAUAUCUUAACCUCACUUGAAGUAUUAAGUGUGGCACACAACAAUUUAUCGGGCCCAAUACCUGAAUGGACAAACCAAUUUGCCACAUUUGAUGAAAGUAGCUACGAAGGUAACCCAUUCCUUUGUGGACCUCCACUACUAAAGAGCUGUAAUCCAUCUUCUACAAAUAUCUCAAAUGACUCAAAUACUGACAAAGAUAAUGGUAGUUUUAUGGACAUGUAUGUCUUUUUUGUGAGUUUUGUUGUAUCAUACACAUUAGCAUUGUUAGCAACCACUGGAGCUCUAUUCAUCAAUCCUUACUGGCGGCAAGCAUGGUUUUACUACAUGGAAUUGGUCACUUUAAAUGGUUACUACUUUAUUAUGGACAAUUUUUGUAGAUUUUGUAAUGUGUGAAA